AUGUUGAGUGUUAAACAUUCUAUUAAUUGUUUUGUUUCCAAAUGCGGAGCAAGAUGUCUAAGUCACGGAAAAAAUUUAUCAAUUGUUCAGGAUGUCAAUGUUAGGGAAAUUCUUCUAGUUAAUGAACCUAUGCUCAGUUAUAAAAAAGAUAGUAAGGAACGCAAUGAUUUGAUUGAAGCGUUGAAAAUUAAAUCGGCAGAAUGUCAAGAUAUACCUAUUCCUCACAACCACAGUAAAAAAAUCGCAAAAUUCUAUCACGCCAGUCCUGAUCUCAUAAAAAAAGCCAUAGAAACCUCCGUAAAAUCUCAGCGAGUCUGGGACUCAGUUCCACUGGACAAGCGGAUCGACAUCUGGAUGAAAGCCGCGGACCUAAUGUCCACCAAAUACCGACAAGAGUUAAACUCAGCGACCAUACUAGGCCAAAGUAAAACAGUGAUCCAAGCAGAGAUAGACAGUGCAGCUGAGCUGGUAGAUUUUUUCCGUUUCAACGCGUAUUUUCUUCGAGAGUCCCUGAAAUACCGGCCAAUCUCAACAAACGAGUCGAUCAACACCCUGAGGCACCGAGGGCACGACGGAUUUAUCGCGGCGAUUUCACCGUUCAACUUCACUGCAAUCGGCGGGAACCUGGCUUAUACCCCAGCUCUGAUGGGGAACUCAGUGCUCUGGAAGCCUUCAGACACCGCGGUGCUAUCCAGCUGGACGAUCUUCAAAAUCUGCCGGGAAGCUGGAGUACCAGCCGGAGUGGUGAACUUCAUUCCAGCAGACGGUCCUGACUUUGGAGACACCAUCACUCAGUCUCAACAUUUAUCCGGGAUUAACUUCACCGGGUCUCCGGGGACUUUUAACAGACUCUGGUCUCAAGUAGGCGCCAACAUCCAGAGCUACAAUAAUUAUCCAAAGUUAUCCGGGGAAUGCGGUGGGAAGAACUAUCACUUUAUUCACCCAUCAGCCGAACCAGAACACGUCGCACUGUCGACAAUAAGAAGCGCGUUCGAGUACAGCGGGCAAAAAUGCUCAGCAUGCAGCAGAAUGUACGUACCUGAUUCUCUGUGGCCGAAAAUCCGCGAGCGCUUGGUCUCCGUUGCAGAGGAACUAAAACUGGGACCUCCAGAUGACUUCUCAGUAUUUACCAGCGCAGUAAUCGACGCUGCAGCCUUCAAACGGAUCACUUCAUACAUUGACUACGCUAAAUCUUCCCCAAGUACCCAAAUAAUCGCUGGAGGAACUUACGACGACUCCACCGGGUACUUUGUACGUCCCACUGUCAUUGUCACGACUGAUCCCAUGGACAAGCUGAUGCGGGAAGAAAUCUUUGGUCCCGUGCUCACUGUUUUCGUUUACCAGGACCGCGAUCUGGAUGCUACGAUCCAGCUCGUGGAAAAAAGCACCCCCUACGCCCUCACAGGCGCUAUUUUUGCCCAAGAUCUCCAAUGGGCCGCCAAAGCUCUUGAACAGUUCAAGUAUUCUGCGGGAAAUUUCUAUGUUAAUGACAAGUCUACUGGUGCGGUCGUUGGACAACAACCUUUUGGUGGACAUCGCAAGUCCGGGACCAAUGACAAGGCUGGUGGACCUAUUUAUUUACACAGGUGGUCGUCGCCUCAGGCUAUCAAAGAAACUUUUGUUCCGUUAAGUAAUUAUAAGUAUGAGUAUAUGCAUUGA